AUGAUGGCCCACAAGAAGGGAAUUAAGUCCUACGUGAUUCCCAACGGCUAUGCAGGCUUGUACAACUUGGUGAACAUGGAUAAUGUAGGAAGCUUGUACAACUUGGUGAACAUGGAUACCUUGGUGCAGCUCACGCCUGAGCGGCUGGAUCCGGUGUCUGUGGGCAUGGCAGGCUCCGAAGCCGGCCAUUCGCGGGUGAAGAUCGCGAAGAUUAAGGACCCCAACAAGUAUGACACCGUGAAGAAAGGUCUGGAGAAGUUCGGGAUCGAUGCCCUUGUGAUCAGUGGAGGCGACGACACUGGCACUAUCAUGCUUGACCUGAUCAAGAAUGGGAUCAAGUGCAUCCAUGCCCCAAAGACGAUGGACCUCGACCUCAUGUCCUAUAGUGUCGGAGCCGACUCCACGAUCAACCGCAUUCGCGAGUUCGUCCGCGAUCUCUCCACCACUGGCAGAACCCACAACCGCAUCCUCGUCGUUGAGGUCUUCGGCCGCUACGCCGGCCACACUGCCUUUCGAGGAGGAAUUGCGGCGGGUGCCGACGCGAUUCUCAUCCCAGAGGUCCCUGUCGACUUCGAUCUCCUGUGGGCGGACAUCAGGACGAAGUACUUCGGCCGUGUCGCAGAUAGCGACGUCAAGGCGGGCACCUACAUCAUCGUAGUGUCCGAAGGUCUCAAGGACGCAUCUGGCUCCGAACUGGUCGACAAGAACGUUCCGCCGGACUCCAGCGACCACUUCAAGCUGGCAGGCGCCGGAAAGUACGUCCGCCAGGAGUUGGAGCUGCGCAUGCAUGCGGACCCCAGCGUGGCCGAGCAGAUGAAGGCGCACAAAAUGUAUGUCAAGGGCGUCUACGAGGAGCCCGAGAUCCGCACCGUGGUGCCCGAGCACUUGGUCCGAUGUGGCUUCACUUCCUCCUACGACGUGAAGUUCGGCCAUGAAGUCGGUGCCGGCGCAGUGCUCUUGCUGGCCGAGGGUAUCCAAGGAGUGACGGUGACAAACAUCGAUGCCGGGGUCGUCAAGUACAUGAACACCGACGAGGCCAUUGUGCAACGACAUGUGAACUUGACUGAGGUAGCCUUGUAUGAACAGCUUGGCUACUGCUUCGGCCGCCCUCCACCGGCCUUCACGCCCACAUUUGAGAGGCAAUCUGGGCCCAUUCGUCGUAUUUACAAGUAG